AUGGGGGAUAUUUAUUUUGAAUCAUUUAUAGAUUUAUUAAAUAAAUCAAAUGACUCUGACCAUAAUGCUUUGGAAUAUUUAAAAGUAAUUGGUUCUAAUAAUGAUAAUCAAAACGAUUGCCUAUCAUUUAAAAAUUUGAAUAAAAUUUCAAAUUAUUUAUCAAAUCAUUUAUUAAAUAUAAUAAAUCAAAAUAAUAAUAAUAAUAAUAAUAAUAAUAAUAAUAAUAAUAAUAAUAAUAAUAAUAAUAAUAAUAAUAAUAAUAAUAAUAAUAAUAAUAAUAAUAAUAAAAUUAUUAUUGGAGUUUAUCAAAAUCAUUCAUUCCAAUUAAUUAUUUCAAUAUUAUCAAUUUUUAAAUUAAAUUUAAUUUAUUUACCAUUAGAUACAACAUAUCCAAAUGAUAGAUUAAUUUAUAUGUUAAAUCAUUCAGAUUGUAAUAUAAUUAUAACAACUCAUAAUCAUCACCAAAAUGAUAAUAAUAAAGAAUUAUUUAAAAAUAAAAAAAUUAUUUGUUUAGAUUGUUUAUUUAAUUGUGAAGAAAUUAAUAAUAAAUUAAUUGAUAAAUUUUUAGAAUUAAAUAAUAAUUUUGAAAUUUCAAAACAAAAUAAUGGAAAUAAUAAUAUUAAUAUUAUUAAUGAUCCAGCUUAUUUAGUUUAUACAAGUGGUUCAACUGGUAAUCCAAAAGGUGUAUUAUGUUCUCACAGAGGUAUAGUACCAUUUUUAAAACAUCAAAUUAAGUCAUUUAAAUUUAAAAGAGAACAUACAAGAUUAUUACAAUCAUUACCAAUUUGUUUUGAUGCAAGUUUAUCAGAAAUUGGAACUUCCCUACUUGGUGGAUGUACAUUAUUAAUUCCAAAAACUUCAAAUGAUGCUCAACUAAUUAGAGGUUCAAGUAUUUCAUUUUUAAAUCAUGUAACUCUUAAUAAAAUUACAGCGGCUAUGAUUUCACCAUCAUUUUUAUCAUUACUUUCAAUUGAUGCAUUUAAUGCAAACUCAUCACCAUUGGAAACUUUUGUAAUUGGUGGUGAAAAAUGCCCAAUUAAUGUUUUAAAACAAUGGAGAAAAAAAAUAAAUAUUAUAAAUGUUUAUGGUCCAACUGAAGUAACAGUUUGUACAACUACAAAUUUAAUUUAUAAAAUAGAUGAUGAUAAUAAUAAUGAUAAUGACGAUGAUGAAGCUACUAAAGAUAAUGUUAAUUUAUUAUCAUUGGGUGAUUUAGUACCAGGGUUAUCUUUAUAUUUAUUGGAUCAAGAAACUAAAUUACCAAUUAAAACCAUUGGUUCAGAAGGUGAGAUUUAUAUUAGUGGUGAUGGUGUAGCAUUAGGUUAUUUUAAAAAUCAAAUUCAAACAGAUCAAUCAUUUUCAUUAGAUCCAUUUAUAAAUGAUGGUAUUACUAGAAUGUUUAAAACUGGUGAUUGGGGUAAACUAAUUGGAAUUGAUGAAAAUGGUAAAGAAUCUAUUGAAUUUAGAGGUAGAAUAGAUAAUCAAAUAAAAUUAAAUGGUUCAAGAAUUGAAUUGGAUGAAAUUUCAAAAACUUUAGAAAAUCAUCAUUUAGUUCAUCAAGCAAUAUGUGAUGUUAAAUUAGUAGGUGAUAAUAAUAACAAAGCAUUGAUUGCAUAUUUAAUUAUAAAAGAAAAACCAUUAUCAUGUAAAUUAAAUACCAAUAUUAAUGAUAUUGAAUUAGUGAAAUCAUUUUCAACAAAUUCAAAUUUACUUUCAAAUAUUUUAAAAGAAUUUCUUUCAAAAACUUUACCAAAAUAUAUGAUACCACAAUAUUUUAUUAUAUUAAAAUCAUUUCCAUUAAAUAAAAGUGAAAAAAUUGAUAAAUUUCAAUUACCAAUCCCAUUCAUUCAACAACAACAACAACAAUCAAACGAACAAAUAAAUGGUGAAGAUGAUGAUAGUAAUAAUAAAUCAAUUUUAAAAUCAAAUUUAAUUAAUAUAUUUAAAACUAUUUUAAUGAAUGAUUCAAUUGAAUCUAAUCAAGAUUUAGUUUUAAAUUAUGGUAUGACUUCAAUUCAAUGUAUGCAAAUAAUUGAAUUAGCUAGAUCUAAAUUUGGUAUUUUCUUAACAGUAUUUCAUAUUUAUAAUUUAAAAUCAAUUGAUAAUAUUAUAUUAGUAUUAACAAGUAAAGAUUUUAAAAAUGAAUUUGGUUUUAAAUCAAUUUUUGAUUUAAAAUCAUUUUUAUUAAAUUUUAAUACAAAUCAAAAAAUUACCACCACCACCACAAUAAAUAAUAAAAAUAAUAAUAAUAAUAAAACUCUUCAAUCAAAUUAUUCAAAUAAUAUAUUAAUUACUGGUGUAACUGGUUUUAUUGGUUUUAAUAUAUUUAAAAAUAUUAUAAAUAGUAAUGAAAAUGAAUUUAAAGAUUCAACAUUUUAUUUAUUGGUUAGAAAUAUUGAAAAACUAAAUGAAAUUUUAAAUAAAUUAAAUUUAAAAGAUUCAAAUAGAAUUAUUAUAUUAAAAGGUGAUAUUGGUAAAAUAAAUUUUGAUUUAAAUCAAUUAGAAUAUGAAAAACUUUGUUUAAAUUCAAAUAUUUCAACAAUUAUUCAUUGUGCUGCAAAAGUUGAUAUGAAUUUACCAUUUGACGAAAUGAUUAAAGAUAAUAUUAAAUCAAUUUAUUAUUUAUUAGAUUUUAUAAAUAAUUUAAUUAAUAAUGAAAAACAUAGUAAUUUUAAAUUUUCAAAAAUACAUUAUAUUUCAACAUUGUCAACAAUUUUAUCAAAUUCUAAAUAUUGGGAAAAAGAAAAACAAACAAAUGCAACGCUUUACAACUUAAAUCAAUCAAUUAAUUGUGAUAAUGAUGAUGAAAUUAUAUAUGGAGGAUAUGCACAAUCUAAAUGGCUAUCAGAAUAUAUUAUUUCAAAUUUUAAUUUGGAUGAAAAAUUAGUUAUUCAUAGACCAGCAAUGAUAUGCCCAACUAUAGUUGACAAAAAUGAUUUAACAACAAUUACACCACCAACUAUUUAUUAUUCAAAUUAUUUAAAUAAGUUAUUUGACACUUGCAGGAAAUUAAAUUAUUAUCCAUUGUUACCAGAAUCCAUUAAAACUGAUAUCACACCCAUUGACGAAUUUGUUAAUAAUUUUAUAAUUAAUUAUAAAAAAGAAAGUUCAAACUCACCACCAGCCAAUGGUGAUAGUAAUAUUUAUUCAUAUUUUACAGCAAACUCAGAGUCAUUACUAUCUCUAUUUAAAAAUGAAUUUGGUCAAGAAAGAGGUGUCGACAUAAAGUCAUGGUCAGAAAUGUUAAAUACAAAUCACUCUUUCUAUCCCUUUAUUCAAUUUUUGAAUGAUAUAAAUAGUUUUGAACAAAUAUUAUUCCCUGGUAAUAAAUUACCAACAAUAGAAAAAAAUAAUAAUAAUAAAAGUAAUAGAAUUUAA